CUUAAAUGGCUCGCGGAUGGCGGCUGUCCCGCAUUAAUUGCGCGAGAGGAUACCAAGAAUAGCGAUCGGAUCGCCAGACGCCCAAAUUGACAAGGAAGCCGGAAACCCUAGGGGGAAGAAUUCUUGAGCGAGAUCUGUGCAAGAUCAGAUUUUGAGGAGGGAUUUCGUGAUUCUUUACGUGCGGAUUCUGUUGGUGCCGGUUAAUUAGACAAAGGGAGUUUCUUUUGGGGUUCAAGAUGGUGGCCGGAACAGCGGAUUGUUUACAUCAGGGCAUCCCCGUCAUCGACGUGUCCUACCGGUGCAUCGCUAAGGAGAUCGAGGAGAUCGUCGAUAAAACGGCGGCGGCUUCGGCAGUGGUCGCUGCAGCGCCUUCGUCGCCGGUGCUUCGUCAGCCGGAGCAGGGAUCGGAGGUUGUUGCGGUAGCUGUUGACAUCGCCGUUUCUGAGAUGAUCGGGAAUUCGGGAGCAUCUCAUGACAUUUCGUCUGUAGAACCACUUCAAUUUAUCCCUAACAUUCGGUCUGGGAGCUUUGCUGACAUUGGGCCCCGAAAGUUCAUGGAAGAUGAACAUAUUUGUAUUGAUGAUCUUUCAACACACCUAGGCUCGCUGUUUAGGUGUCCCACCCCUAGUGCCUUCUAUGGUGUGUUUGAUGGCCAUGGAGGUCCUGAUGCUGCUGCCUACAUUAAGCAGCGUGCAAUUAGGUUGUUGUUCGAGGAUGCUAACUUUCCUCAGGCAACAGAAGCUGAUGAGAUAUUUGUGGAAUCUGUGGAGAACUCUGUUAGAGAAUCAUUUCUUAACGCGGACCUUGCAUUGGCUGAUGACAGCACGAUUAGCAGCUCAUCAGGGACUACAGCUCUAGCAGCUUUGGUGUUUGGAAGGUAUCUUGUGGUAGCCAAUGCCGGUGAUUGCCGAGCGGUAUUGUGCAGGAAAGGACAAGCAAUUGACAUGUCCCAAGAUCAUAGACCCAACUAUGAUGCUGAGCGUAGACGGGUUGAGCAAUCAGGUGGUUUUAUCGACGAUGGGUACCUCAAUGGCGCCCUCUCUGUCACCCGUGCACUCGGUGAUUGGUACUUGAAAAUGCCACGAGGUCUCCCCUCUCCACUCGUUGCAGAACCAGAAUUCAGGCAGGCCAUCCUGACUGAGGAUGACGAGUUCCUUAUCAUUGGCUGCGACGGGAUCUGGGACGUCAUGUCAAGCCAGAUUGCGGUGGGUAUUGUGCGCAGGGGCCUUAGACGACACAAGGACCCUGAACGGUGUGCAAGGGAACUUGUCAUGGAGGCAUUGCGUCUCAACACUUGCGACAAUCUCACAGUAAUUGUGAUUUGCUUCUCCGAUGAAUCACGGUACUUGCCUGCCUCAUCCCCCGGACAAUCACGAUGGCCGCAGAGGUUGAAGUGUUGCAGUUUGUCAGCUGAGGCCAUUAUGAAAAUCAAGAACUCGUUGAAUAACAGUCAUAACAACUAAACUGUUCGGUUGCUACACAUAGCUGCUUGGUGUAAAUAAUGAUGAUGAAAACUAGCAAUAAAACUUUGGUCAUAUGAAUUUAGGUAGGGUAAAAAGAGCAGUUAGAAAGGUUUUGUUCAAGUUCUCAUUGUUCGACGGCAGGAAGCCGAAUAAGGCAUUGUAAAUAACAUUCUGGUAGGUGGAAGUUGAGUUAAUAUACGAGUUCAUUGUUUAGAGGA